CAGACCGCGAUCGGAAGCAGAAAGUUUUGGAGCUUACGGCGAGCUAGCUCGGUAGCUACCUCUGUCGGAAUUUUGGACACUUUAAAAUAAGACUAAGCUUAACAAUAAAGCCAAGCACAGUAAUUAUGAGAGGGUUAAUAUGCUGAACUGGAUCUGGAAUCAAGCCGCACAAGUUGGAAGCAAAUGUGAAAUGCCUGUCAGUCGACACAACUGUGGGCUCUGAUUGGCUACCGUGGCAUGAUGGCGACGCAGUUUAGCAUCGAUGACGCCUUCUCAUUGGAGGGGGAGGAGGAAGGGGGCGGGGUUGGCAGGGAGAAAGACGGAUGGAAAGGGCGAGAGAAGGACAGAGAGGGGGGAGACGGGGGCUCGAUGAGCUUCGGACCUCUCUCCUUUUCCAAGCCCCAGAGUCUCGCCUCCACCGCGGCCAGCACGCCAGAGCACAGCAGCCUUAAGUACCAGAAUCUGGAAAAUGAAGAAGUCUUGGGCAGCAGUGGAAACUCUUCUUUUAAUAACUUCUUCAAGAUCAGUGACCCCGCGACUCUGUCCUACUGCAGCUCUCAGUGGUCUUUCAGCACACUGAGCUCCGUGACCCAGCUCUCUGCCCACUGCUGCAGCUGGACGUCCCACCCCCUGGUGAAGAAGAACAGGAGGGUUGUUCUGGCCUCCUUCCUCCUCCUCGUCACUGGAGUGGCUCUGAUUUUCACAGGAAUUGUGAUACAGCUAAACCCACAAGCAGGUGUCUCCAGUGCCAUUUUCUUUCUGCCUGGAUUCCUGCUCUUCAUUCCUGGUGUAUACCAUGUGAUCUAUAUCACCUGUGCAGUAAGAGGACGAAGAGGAUUCAAGUUCUUCUACCUGCCCUAUUUUGAGAAGUGACCUUUGACCUCACACCCCCCAUCACCAAUGUGAUGAAUUCCACCUAUCAGUGCCAAGAAAAUGAUGCCACUUGUGGAACAUUAAUCCCUCCCCUUAAGUACUGACCACUACUAACCCCAAACCACUGUGUACUUCAAUGUGCUUCCAAUUACUAUGCAAAAGAAGGACUUUGAUUUGUUUUUUUGUUUUAUGUUAUUAAUUACUGUGACACUACAAUAAAUCUGUUUUGUAUAUUACUUUUAAAA